GUUGUUAGUUUUAUGUAUUUUAAAGUUAGACCUACUUAAGUACUAAAGUUCUUUGGUUUGGAAUGUGUGUAUAAUAUUUGCAUGAAUAAAACAAGCUGAUAACUUAGCCUACAAUGAAACUAUUAUAUUAUGAAAUCAUAAAAGUAUCCAAGAAAUAAUUAACGGUAGCCUACGUUUUAGUAUAAUCUCCCCAUAACUCAGACUCAGAAUAAGUUGUAUUCUUAGGCUAUGGAAAACUACAAAAUAUUAUGUUUGGUCGGAGAAGGAUCCUUUGGUAGAGUGUUUAAAGUAAAGAAAAGAGAUACAAAAGAAAUAGUGGCAUUGAAAAUAAUAAGAAAAUGUGGAAGGACACAAAAAGAACUGACUAGUCUUCGAAGUGAGUGUGAAAUCCAACAACAUCUCCAUCAUAGGAACAUAAUUCAGAUGAUCAAUUCCUUUGAAACUGAGACUGAGAUUGUAGUUGUCACUGAAUUCUGCAAACGGGAUCUUCAUUAUAUUCUGUCCAAGCAAACAUACCUAUCAGAAGAAGUAGCUCUUCCAAUAAUUUGUGAUUUAAUCUCAGCCUUAUACUAUCUUCAUUCUAAUCGAGUGCUGCACAGAGACCUGAAGCCACAAAAUGUGUUGAUUACGGAAGAAGGUGUGGCUAAACUAUGUGACUUUGGGUUUGCUCGGAGUAUGAGCAGAGGAACACAUGUCCUAACAUCUAUCAAGGGAACACCUCUGUAUAUGGCACCUGAAUUGAUCGAGGAGAGUCCUUACGAUCACAACGCUGACUUGUGGUCCCUAGGGUGUAUUAUCUACGAGAUGCUAGUGGGCGCUCCACCGUUCACCACCAACUCUAUACUGCAGCUGGUGCGCAUGAUCCGCUACGAGCCUGUACACUGGCCACUGUACUUGAGCCCUCAGUGCAGAGACCUGCUACAAGGGUUGCUACACAAGGAUCCGUCCCACAGACUGUCGUGGCCUAGACUGCUGAAACACCCCUUCCUACAGGGGAAGGUCAGCGACUUAUCUGCUUCUGGAAUGUCUCUGCCUCUUACCAAGGAACUGAGCGCAUCCCAGGCUCUAGCUAAGGAAUCACAAAAGCAAGAUUUAGUCCACAAGGCUGAAGUAGCUAAUCAAGGGCUGCCGCAAAAGAUACAACAUAUAUUGGAUAAAGAGAAGAAGUUAUUAAGGGGUGAUGGUCUGACUGCCAUAGAUCUGGAGACAUUGGAACAGAAGCUGAGUAGACUACAGACUGUGGAGCCACAAGUAACGGAGCCUGAGGUGACGACCGUGUCUGAGGCAACACAGGAUGACCCACCCAGUGAGACUGACAGUGAGCGGAUGGCUACUCCACUAGAGGCGGAGGAAUGGUUAGUGUUUCUACAACAGAGCAUGAUGGAGGUUAUGCAAGGAGAUGUGGAGAGUAUGUCGGAGAAGAGUUUCAUCACUAUGGUUACCAAUGCACUCACCAACCACGGCGCAGCGCCCAAGAUCACAGAGUAUAUCGCUUGCCUGCUAGCGUUGCCGUACGUAGCACCAGGCGUCACAAAGUCUGAACUCAGUACUAUUACCAAGGUGUACAUAGAAGUGAAGGUGGUGUCUAGUCUGAUGUUUGCACUCAAGCUGUUGACCAAUCGUGCCGGCUGUUCUGCCAGUCAUGACAGCGUAUCGGAGCACAGCAAAGUGACAGUUGAUCAGCUGUUAGCUCUAGAGAGAGUGUUGGUGCUAGUCAAUCAGCUGGUACACUCAGACCAGGUGUUCCUCAGUCAAUUCUGUGAUGUUGUGGCAUUGCUACAUCUCGCUCCUAGACUGCAUUUGCUGCUAAAUUUCCACAAGUCCAAACCACGCCUAGCUUUAGACCUGGUGUCCAUAUUGACCCAUAUCCUGAGGCAGAUGCCAGAGAAUGCAAACCUUGUGGACAAUUGCGUCCAACCAGAACUAUCAACUGGUAUUGACUGGCACCUAGUGUUGAAGUUCGGCAACAAGACUCUGCAGACUCGCACGUGCCUGCUGCUGCAGUUGAUGGCUCGCUACUGUACGCAGACUGUGCAGUCUGCAUGGCACAUCAAGCUGCAUAGGUAUAUAGACGCACUACGCUUCGAUUCCUCUCAGGACCUCAGAUGCGCGGCUGAAGACGUAAUAGAAUUAGUUCAAGAUCUACCUUUCUUUGACCAGAUAAGUUCACAAUUGGAUGAUGAACUCCUUUAAAGUUGAUUGUGAACCAGAAAAGUUAAGAGUUUUGAACUUUGGUGAGAUUUCUAUUCAAUUACAUCCAAAAAAAGAUGUCGGAAGAGUUAGUUUUGUCAAAAUUCGCUUAUUCUAACGUAUCUGGACGGGAAACACUUCAUGAUUUUCAGAACUCUACUUGCAGUAGUAAAAGUCUGAAAGAAAUCUCUAAGAUUGAUUUAACCUAAAUAACUAGAUGUAAAGGAUGUCACAUAGAGCACAAGGGUUCAUUAGGUUUUUCUGUGAGGAAAGCAGGCUUACGUGAAUGAGAAAGAGUCCAGAUAGGCCAGGAUACACAACUUAUACUAUACACAAACCAUUUGAGUUGAACAAACUCAUGCCUUUUUAUAUUCUACUAAUGUAUAGGUAGUGUUACGUUGUGUGUAUUUGGCCAGUUUGGACUUUCUCCCAUUCAGGUAAGCCUGCUAUCCUUACUAAAACCCUAAGAACUAAUAAGAGGUUUGGACUAGAAUUAACACGUUCGCAACUGCAAUAGUACGAAAUUUUUCAUUCACGUGGACCAGCGACGCACAUAUGCGUUGGCUAGUCACAUUAAAAUAGACUGCCGUCGCAUAUUUGCGUCGGGGUUCUAAUGUUAUUAAAAUGCUUAUAUCUUUAUAACGGUCUAUUUGAAGGCACUGAAUUCCCUGUAGUGGUCUACAGAGAUGUCUGACGCACAACUGCGUCGCUUGGUCUGUGGAUAUGAUGAUUGGUGACGUCAUAUGAUAGUUGGAAAAACUGGUCUUUACUUUUCUGCAUCACUGUAUGUAUGUAUGCAGUACUAUCCUAUGUAGCUUUUAUAUUUGUUCAGUUAUAAACUGUUCUUGAUCAAUCUGUUUUUUAUUUUACUUACUUUCACCUCAAAACACAAAAAAUGAACCUUCGCAUAUAUGCGAAGUUUGGUCUAUUUCAAGAAAACUAUGAUAAUUUUCACUAUUAUCUUCGCUGUAGACCGGGCGUCACAAAUGUGCGACAUUACAAAAGGUUAUUAAUAAUACAAAAAAACAAGAAUACAUUAUUUACAAACACGAUUGUAGCGUAUUACAAUGUAAAUGAUCACUGUUUUACAGGUUUUCGCCCGUGGUCUGUGUGUACUGUUAUCCAAGUGAAAGCCGGUCUGUGUGUAAGAUUCAAAUGUAUACCUCGGUCUAUGCGACGCUCAGUAGCGGACGUGUUAAUUAUCAAGUUAAGGGAAGUUGAGCAGAUGCUCAUUACAGUACUAUGACAUUAAUGUAACUCUAUUAAUCUGUUUUAUUUCAUUGAGGUCAAGUUGCUGCCACUCUUUACCUAUUUAGUUUUUUUCAAUAUACCUGAGGGCCUGAGGCUAGACUUAUCAACAUGUACGUAGUGUACUUUGUAGAGCAUGAACCCAGCGUCCUUUGAGAUGUUCAUAAGUUUAAACUUUGUUUGUAAAUAUAGCUGUGUGUAAAUUUAUUAGAACUGUGAUAUUAACAAAAUUAUAUUUAUAAAGUAGUUUUAAUAACAUUUUUACCCCUGUAAAAAUUUUACAUGUUGAUAGUUACUGUUUGUGUAGAAAUGUAAUUUUACCUACGACCGUUUUUUAAACUAGCUUUUUCAAUUCAGUUCUUAAAAUUUAAAACAUACACUUUACAGGAUUGUUUUGUUACUGUACACUACAAUCUAAAUUGUAGUGUACAGUAACAAAACAUUGGUCCUAAGACCAAUGAGGUUCAAGAAUUGAGAGAAAAGUAGUAAAAUUUUAAUCACGUCAAGAAAGUCAACUUAUCAGCUGUUAAGACCAAUUUAUUUGAUUAAACAAUCAGUGAGUCGUUGGGACAAUAAGUCGUUGCAUCACUGUGAGUGGUUAUGAGAGGUUAUAAACGAAAAUGUAACCUCUAGAAGUUAUGAGUAGAGAUUUUUAGUAAUUAAGAAACGGUCUUAGGUAAAUUAGUAAAUUACAUAAGGACUAUCCUUAUGCGAUUUUUGCGUAAACUACUAUUUUCUUCGUGUUUUUUGUUGUUUCUUGAGUUGUAAAUGUAUUACAUGUUAAUACUUUGAAUCUAAAUUUUUAUAUUGAUAUCUAUGUUGUAAAUAUAUUUAGUCAAAUAUACCAAAA